GCCAAAUUUGCAAUUCGUGUGCUCUCUCUCUCUCUCUCUCUCUCUCUCUCUCUCUCUCUUCUUUCUGGUUCGGUCGCUCGACCUUUAUUUUUAGACACCACCUAAUAGAAAUAGAACGCAGGGGGGCCAAAGCGAGCUGUAGUCUCGGCGAUCCCCCUAACCUCAUCGAGCCACUCGCGCCCCAUCUCCCAUCUCUCCGUCUCAGGCGCAGAUACCGGCAGCAAUUGACCAAGGCAUCGUUCCGCUGCUUGGAUCCAUCGGUUGUGGCGGUGGUGGUUUGAUCAGCGCUGGGUUUCUUUCGUCCUAAAUCGACAUGACCUUGGUUCACGCCGGCGUUGGCCCGGAGCCGGCCAAUUUCUUGCUUGUGCUAUGUUUCGCAUUCGGGUCAUUCGUCGCCCGGCUCCUGCUCGACCGCUUCGUCUACAAGCCUUUGGCUAUGAAAUUGUUGAGUUAUAAAGCUGUUCCUAUGAUGAAUGACGAGGCUAAAUGGUCAAAAAUUACAAAGUGUUCCGAGUCAAUGUGGAAGCUGACAUAUUAUGCUGCUGUUCAAAUAUGGGUUCUUUCAAUUAUUAAGCAGGAGACUUGGUCAUUGGAUACAAAAGAAUACUUCAAAGGGUGGCCAAACCAAGAAUUGAAGUCUUCUUUGAUCCUAUUCUACAUGUGUCAAUGUGGAUUUUACGUUUACAGUAUUGGUGCUCUUGUUGCAUGGGAAACUCGCAGAAAAGAUUUUUCAAUAAUGAUGUCUCAUCACAUAGUGACCUCAGUUCUGAUUGGAUUUUCCUACAUUACGAGGUUUUUCCGUAUUGGGACCAUGAUUCUUGCCCUUCAUGAUACAAGUGAUGUAUUUCUAGAAUCAGCUAAAUUGUUCAAAUAUUCAGAAAAGGAGAUGGCAGCUAGCUUGUGCUUCGGACUUUUUGCUAUAUCAUGGUUUCUACUGCGAUUAGUUUACUUCCCCUUCUGGAUAAUUAAGGCGUCAAGCUACGAGUGUGUCGAAGCAUUGUCGUGGAUGGAAAAUUUCCCGACCACUUUAUAUUAUGUGUUCAACACAAUGCUUCUUACACUGCUUGUCUUCCACGCCUACUGGUGGAAACUAAUAUUUGCAAUGAUAAUGAAGCAAAUGAGUAAUAAAGGUCAAGUGGGAGAGGACAUUCGAUCAGAUUCUGAAGAUGGAGAAUGAACACCGCUGCUGUCCAGAUAUUGCAAUGGGUGCAGAUUUCGUUGUCCAUCCUUCCAUCUUUAACGUCAGGAUCAAGCGCCGACAGAUUCUUUCACUUGUCUACAUCUUGAUUUCCUGUUGUUAUGACUCAAAAAAGGUCAUAGCCCCAACUUUGGAUGUUGAAAAUAGGAGGAGGCAGAGUACAGGUUGUAAUGAAGGUUUUGUUGGUUAUCUUCCUAAACUUCCCUUUUAUCUUUACCUUUUUCUUCCUAAACUUCCCCCUUUUAUCUUUACCUUUUUCUUGGAACGGACAUGAAAUAUCAUCAUGUAAGAUUGUUUGCCAUGAUUGUGACAAAAGAUGGAUCGAGAGAAUGUUAUUAGGA